UUAGUGUUCAACCAAGUCUGUCAGCGGAUUACAUGACUGAGAGCGACAAUGAAGAUGUGGAAAGUAACCGUCACCAAUGCCAAAUUGCUGGGCACCAACACAACAAUGACAGGCCAUCCUUCAUGAAGAAACUGACUGAGCACUCUUUUACCACUAAAAUGUUGACGGUGCCGAAUCAUUUUGUUCGUACACAUUCCCUGGAUAACUAUACAAACGCAUGUGUUUAUGUCGGAAGGUUGAAAUUUAAAGCUAAGUUGGAUAUCAUGUAUGAUGGUCGCAAGGAUGGUGAUCAAAGUCAUGUGGUUCUGAUAACAGACUGGUGGAAGGUUUCAAAGAAGACUGGUGUGGCAGGUGGUAAGGAACUGCGAUUUGAACUGAAUGUGGUGCAAUCUGUUGAUGGGCCCAGUGUGGAAUUUCAUGUUUGUUGAAGGUGUUGCUAAUUGAGUUCAUGUAUCAGCAAAGUGGUUGGUGUCCAGACUACAAACUUUCUUUUGAUUACUACUGGUUUUAAUAUGAAUCCAUGCUGAUUUUGGUACUGUAAUAUAUAUAACAUGUGGACUGUUAGUAUA